AGAAUGGAAAGAAGUUGUGUUGAGGAAUUUCGAGUCCAGUGUGCAGGGAAAGGUUUUGGUGUUGUGAUGGGAAUGAAGCAGGAGCUGAAGUCUUGAGGGAUUUGGGGAGGUUUUGGAAUUAAGAAGAAUCUGAACUUUUCUCCAAAAAGCAAAAGAAGACAAAAACUUUUUGGACCUUCACUGAAACUCUGGAUGGUCAUCACAAGCAAGCGUUUGUUGUUUAACUUUAUAUUUGUUUGCUCGUGGAUUCUUUAGGACUUAUAAGAAGAUUAAAGUGCUGCUGCAUCACAUUUCAGACUUUUUUUUUUUUAAUUGGUGACUUUUUGUGCACUUUUCGAAACUAUAAAGGAGGAAGUUAGAAGAGGAAAAACUGCUCAAAAUAAAAAAAGGACAAGAAAAGCCAGCUGUCUAAGAGCAACUUCAGCUCCUGUGUGAGUGUGUGUGUGUGUGUGUGUGUGUGUGUGUGUGUGUGUGUGUACGCGCGCGCGCGUGUGUGUGUGUGUUUUUGCGGAUAUGUUUAAAAAGAUGCGGUGAUGUGACACCGAUAAAAAGAGACACUGAAUUACAACAAAAUAAACAAAGGAACCGAAUCGGAACCGAAUAUGGAUCACUUCAAAUUCAAUCAGUUUUUUGUCGUUUAUGUGGCACUGCUGCACAUCCAAGCUUACAAAACUGUGUCAGGCUUGCAUUUCAAGCACAGCCCAGGAAAUAUAACUUCAUCGCUGGGGAAGCCGGUGGAGAUGCAGUGUGUCCUGAUGAUGGAGGAGGGUGAUGAAGGAGAACGUUCUACAGACAUUCAGUGGCACAGAGAAGGGGAGCUGCUCGAGUACUCAAACACCAACCAAGUGGAGAUGCCUUCCGACGACGAGACAUGGCUCGUCAUCAGUACACUUCGGAUUUUAAAGGUGCAGCUUUCAGACAUGGGCGCUUACCGCUGCGCGGUGACCACCGGGGACGAGGAGACGAUGUCCGCUGAAGGACACCUUCAACUGGAAGGUCUCCCACAUUUCUCUGUUGAACCCUACCACAUGUCCGUAGUGGCGAACACGAGCCUGAGUCUGAAGUGCGUCGCUCACGGGCCUCCUGACCCGGUCCGGAUCAUCUGGCUUCAGGACGGAGCUCCUCUCAACACGCUGGACGACCCCAUGGCUCUUUCUCCGUCCCGCCUCAACCUCACAGGACUAAACAAAAGCAGCUCUUUCUCCUGUGAAGCCCACAAUCGCAAAGGUGUAGCAUCAUCCAGCUCUGGAGUUAUAACGGUCCUCCCUUCUCAGCCACAGGAUCUUAAAGAAGUGGAAAUAACUAAUUCCAGCAUUCGUCUGUCCUGGUCUCCAGGUUUUGCAGGAAUUUAUACCAUCAGCCUCUGCACAGUUCAGGUAAAGCCUUCAGGAGAAGACUAUCACGUGAUCCACAACCAAAACGUUAACGUUCCACCUGCCAGUCACCUGAUCUCCGACCUGAAGCCUUUCACCCCAUACGACGUCAGAGUCGCCUGCCGGAGCAGCCAAGGGGUCUCCGAUUGGACGCCUUGGGUGACCUUCAGCACCAAUGAAGGAGGUAGAUCUUCACUAACUCAGCUCUUAUUCAGUAUUUCAGUACUACAGAUGGAUUAUAAUAGCAUAUUAUUAUCACGCUCUCUCUCUCUCUCUCUCUCUCUCUCUCUCUCUCUCUCACUCUCUCUCACUCUCUCUCUCUUCCUCCAGGUUGUGCUGGACAUUGGAAUGGUAACAGAGCUGACAGUCAACACGUCAGUCCCCUUAUCAAACGUCACCUUCAGGGUGCGAGCCUACACUGGGGCAGGAUAUGGACCAUGGACUCCGGUCCAGACUUUGUCCCUUGUUCCUACAGAUCCAAAGCCAUCAAGUCACUCCUCUCUUCCGGCGAUGUCCUGGCACUGGUGGUACGUGGUGAUGGCUGUGGCGGUAGCUAUAGGUCUGGCAGUGCUCAUGGCCGUCUACAUGGCCAAGCUGAGGCGGAAGGAGACACGAUUCGGUGAAGCGUUCGAGCCCAUGAUGGAGAGCGGAGAGCUGGUGGUUCGCUAUCGAGCUCGUCGUACCUACAGCCGCCGCACCAACGAAGCCACACUGAACUCGCUUGGCAUCAGUGAUGAACUCAAACAGAAGCUACAAGACGUAAUGGUGGACAGACACAAACUAACACUGGGAAAAACACUCGGAGAAGGUGAGUUUGGCUCCGUUAUGGAAGGUCUGCUGACCCAAGAGGACUCGGUUCUUAAAGUAGCUGUGAAGACAAUGAAGAUUGCUAUUUGUACCCGCACUGAGAUGGAGGACUUUCUGAGAGAAGCGGCCUGUAUGAAGGAGUUUGAUCAUCAGAAUGUUAUGAGGCUUCUAGGUAAAGAAAAGUAAACCCUGCACAAGGGAACGGGUCAGUAAUGUAUAAUAA